GCCGCUAGCUCGUGUUGCACUCCGGAAUGCUUCUGUGGCGCUUAUGGAAAACAGUAUAAUAUAGGGGAAAAAUAAAAGAAUUCCGGUGUGAAUAAAAAUAGUUUUUUUUAUGAGGCUCCGACGCCAAAGCGUCCAGUUUCAAGCAGGACGGUGCAGAAGGUGGUCUGGGUGAAGAUGUGUAGGUAGUGCUCUGAAGAUCCAGGGGACGCCAUGUCAGAAGAGGCGAUCUCGGAGAGCGACUUGGAGCACAGCCUGAACAGCGAAGAGGAGGAAGAAGAGGAGAUGGAAGAGGAAGGUGACGGAGAGAACGAUGCAGACGAUGGCGACGAUGAAGAAGAAGACGAAGAAGACGACGAAGAAGCAGACCAGGCCGCAGAGGCCAUGGAGACGGAGGAGAGGGCGGGGCUGGAGAGCCCCGCCUGCUCUUCGGGUUCAGGGAGUUCCGCCCCUUCUUCCAGACCUCCAUCGCGGUCCUCGUCGAAGUCUACGUCACGUCCUUCGAGUCCGAACGGGUCACGGGGAGCCUCUGAAGCCACCGACUCCGCCCCCAAGAGGAAGUCGAAGAAGAAAAGUUCCAAACCGGCUAAACCUGCUCACCUGAGGAGGAACAUCAGGAAGUUGCUGGAGGAGCAUCAGCUGGAACCAGGAACUAAAGCGGCACAGCAGGAGGAGCUGGAGAGAAGAAAACGCCUGGAGCAGCAGAGGAAGGACUAUCCGUUACCCACUGUAGUGGACUUGCCCUCCUUGGCGACUGUUGUUAAGGGCGAGGUGAUUUGCCUGGACAGCAGCGGAGACGAGGGGGAGUCCAGAGGAUCCGCACCUCCUCCGAAACCAGCACCCAGAGACGAUGUGAUUGAGCUGAGCUCAGGUGAUGAGGAGAUGUUCCACAUCGGUGAGGAGGAGGAGGACGAAGACGAGCGCUCUACUUCUCCUGGGACAGAGGAGAGCAGCGGCUCGCACAUCAACGACGCCCUGAACCAGCCGGACGGUCAGGGCAGAGUGCUGGUCAACAUCAACCACCCGGCCGAGGAGGACGACCUGUUCCUCGCCCCGCAGCUCGCCCGCGCCGUCAAACCUCACCAGAUCGGCGGGAUCCGUUUCCUGUACGAUAACCUGGUGGAGUCUCUGGAGCGCUACAAGACCAGCAGUGGCUUCGGCUGCAUCCUGGCACACAGUAUGGGACUGGGCAAAACCCUGCAGGUCAUCUCCUUCAUCGACAUCCUGCUCCGACACACAGGAGCCAGAACCGUCCUCGCCAUCGUGCCUGUGAACACUCUGCAGAACUGGUUAGCGGAGUUUAAUCUGUGGUUGCCUGCAGCUGAAUCCCUUCCUCCGGACACCGAUCCGGCCCAGGUUUCCCCCCGAGCCUUCAGAGUGCACCUCCUGAACGACGAGCACAAGACGACUGUGACCCGGGCGAAGGUGGUAGAGGAGUGGGCACGUGAUGGUGGCGUGCUGCUGAUGGGGUACGAAAUGUACCGGCUGCUCUCUCUGAAGAAGAGCUUCGUCACCGGCCGCAAGAGGAAGUCGAAAAAACCCGCCGGGCCGAUCAUCAUCGACCUGGACGAGGAGGACCGGCAGCAGGAGCUCAUGAAAGACAUCGAGAAGGCUCUCUCCCGGCCCGGCCCGGACGUGGUGAUCUGCGAUGAGGGUCACCGCAUUAAGAACUGCCACGCCAGUACGUCGCAGGCGCUGAAGAACAUCCGGUCGCGGCGGCGCGUGGUGCUGACCGGCUACCCGCUGCAGAACAACCUGCUGGAGUACUGGUGCAUGGUGGACUUCGUGCGGCCCGACUUCCUGGGCACGCGGCAGGAGUUCAGCAACAUGUUCGAGCGGCCCAUCCUGAACGGCCAGUGCAUCGACAGCACGCCGCACGACGUCCGGCUCAUGAGGUACCGCAGCCACGUCCUGCACAGCCUGCUCGAGGGCUUCGUCCAGAGGCGGGGUCACGAUGUGCUGAGCACCCAUCUGCCCCUUAAAGAGGAGCAUGUGAUCCUGGUGCGUCUCUCCCCCCUCCAGAGGGCGCUCUAUAAAGAGUUCAUGAAUCGUUUCCGUGAGGCGGGGAACAGCGGCUGGCUCGGCCUCAAUCCACUCAAAGCCUUCUGCGUGUGCUGCAAGAUCUGGAACCAUCCUGACGUUCUGUACGAAGCGCUGCAGAAGGAGAACCUGGCCAACGAGCAGGACCUGGACCUGGAUGACCUGAACGCCGCAGCGACGGGCCGCUGCCACGCCCCGGGUUUAAAGGGCAAGACCUCAGACAGCGCCGGCACCAAGGGGGCGCUCGCACCUCUGCAGGAACGAGCCAAUCAGGUCAUCACCUACGAAUGGGCGAAGGACAUUAUGAGCGGGUACCCGACCGGCGUCCUGGAGAACUCUGCUAAGAUGGUUCUGCUCUUCCAUCUGAUCGAGGAGAGCGUCAGCAGAGGAGACAAAAUCCUCGUCUUCAGUCAGAGUUUGUCCACGCUGUCGGUGAUCGAGUCCUUCCUGGCUGUGAGAACGAUGCCGAUCAAACUGGACAACCAGAAGCAGAACUGGCUCCGUGGCGUCAACUAUUACAGGUUGGACGGCAGCACGUCCGCCUCUGAGAGGGAGAGACUCAUCAACCAGUUUAACGACCCGGCAAACACUACGACCUGGGUCUUCCUCCUGUCCACCAGGGCGGGGUGUCUGGGCGUGAACCUGAUCGGGGCGAACCGUGUGGUGGUUCUGGACGCUUCGUGGAACCCGUGCCACGACGCGCAGGCUGUGUGUCGAGUGUAUCGCUACGGCCAGCACAAACCCUGUUACAUCUACAGACUGGUGUGUGACUUCACCCUGGAGAAGAAGAUCUACGACCGGCAGGUGUCCAAGCAGGGCAUGUCGGACCGUGUGGUGGACGAUCUGAACCCCGUCCUCACCUUCACCCGUAAGGAGGUGGAGUCUCUGCUGCACUACGUGGAGGAGGAGCCUGAUCCCAGCCAAUCGGUGCAGCUGUCUAACGAUGGCAUGGAGGCGGUAAUCAAACACGCCUGUCUGCGCUAUCCUCACCUCAUCACCAAGCCACCGUUCCAGCACGAGUCUCUGCUGAUGGACCGCAAGGAACUGAAACUCACCAAAGCGGAGAAGAAAGCGGCGAAGAAGAGCUACGAGGAUGAGAAGAGGGCGUCCGUGCCCUAUCAGCGCCCGUCCUACGCCCACUACUACCCCGCCGACGAACAGAGCCUCCCCAACAUCAGGAACUGGAGGCCGUCGGCGCGGCUGGACGAGAAACCGAUCGCCAGCGUGCGGCCCGUCCAGUCCACUCCCAUUCCCAUGAUGCCUCGCCAGGCCGCCGUGGGAGGCCAUGCCUCCAGCCCCGCCUUCCCUGUCAACUACCUCCAGAAGGCCGGCGUCCUCGUCCAGCGUAUCAUCACUACCACUGAUAUCGUGAUUCCCGGCACAAACAGCUCGACGGACGUGCAGGCGAGGAUCAGCGCCGGAGAGAGCAUCCACGUCAUCAAAGGAUCAAAAGGUACGUACAUAAGGACUAACGAUGGGCGGAUCUUUGCCAUCCGCUCCGGAAAGCCCAGAGCCAAUGAGGGAGCUGCUCCUGCACCUAGAGACGUGGGCGGUUCUCUCCUCCACCCGGUCAGUAACGGCCGCGCGUCUCCUCCCGAGCUGAAGCGGUUUUCCCCGGAAGGCGUGCGCCGCGUGUCUCCCUCCUCCAGCCCCAACCUGCUGCACCAGCUCCGUCACUACACACCCGCCCCUGCUAACGACCUCACGGACCGCCCCGCCCAGCACGGCCACGCCUCCGAUUCCCAUCGGAGCGGCGACGACGUCGUUGGCUCGGGUUCGGCCCUCGACGGCCAGAGCCUGAAGAGGAAACUCCUCCUUUCGGACUCUCGAGGCUCCAAACGGACCACAACCACCACGGCCUCUGCUAAUUUCCCAGGAUUCCCUGUGAGUUCCAGCUACCCCAUGGGGUCUGUGGGAUUUCCUCCGGCCCUCCUGGGGGCUCUGGGUCACAUGACACCUCCGAUGGUGAGCGGGACCAACCGAGGUCACUUUCUGAAUGACUUGCAUAGCAUGUUCCCCACCAACGCUUUAAGCUCCACCCACGGUUCCUCUUCAUCCACAAACAUCGCUUCUUCUUCCUCCUCCUCCGCACCUUCAUCCUCCUCCUCUUCCUCCUCCUCCUCUAUUCCACCGUUCCUCUUCAAUCCCAGCAUGGCGAGCAUGCUGUCCGGAUUUCCCAUGCCCUACUCUCAGCCUCUUCUGCCGGACUCUUCUAGAAUGUUCUCCAAUUCCCUGUCCUCGCUCUCGUCCGGCUCCGCCCCCGCCGCUCCUUCCUCCUUCCUGUCGCCGUCCAGCCUGCUGGGGGCGGCGCUGAGUCGGCCCGACACGCGCCACGCGCUGGCCGAGAACGGCGGGAGCAGCUCUGACGACGACGUCAUCGAGGUGAUCGGACAGUGAGAGCGCGGCAACAUCCGAGGAAUCCCACUGGCCUGCGGAGAAAGUGGGUGGAUCUGAACUUUGGAACAACACUAAAUUCAGCAGACCGGCAUUUCCACCAACACGGGACCAUAACGCUGCUCUUCCGCAAGAAAGAAAAGAAAAGAAGAAAAGAAAAGCGGCCGGCUAGUCGCAUCCGUUUAAAAAAAAAACGAAACAAAAACAAAGAACUUUAGAGAUAUUUCGCUGUUUGAUAGAACUCGUAGCAUCAUGUAGAUAAAGGGAGAAAAUCAUGACCUGUUUAUUUUUAUUUAUGAUCUUGUUAGCGUGUAUGAGCUCCUUUUUGGUUUUUGUUGUUUUGUUUUUUGAAAAGAGGAAAGCCACAAACAAGAGACACAAAACAAGCCAUUUUUACUUUUCAGUUUGGCUUUUUAAUAAUAAAACAAAACACAUAUAUAUAUGUGUGUGUGUGUAUGUGUGUGUGUGU